AUGGAUUCGUGCAAAAGCUUUGUCCUAAACCCAUGCCACGUUGACAUCCUUUCACCCAGCUAUUCCAACGAGACAUUUAUCGAACAGACAAAGGACCAAGGGCCACUCUCCAUGACAUCGUCCUAUCAAUCUCCUGAGGAGGCUUCACAGUCAAUAUCCCAAGCCACCGUGACCCUUUACAAUACCGGCGUCCCUCAGACUCUGACACACACUCCCACAUUUCUGAUCGACUACUGGUUUCAAACAGUCUGUGCAACAUGGAAUUCUUUUGACUCAGCCAAGAACCUCAAUCGCAGUGUAGCCUUGGAGGCCUUUGCGUACUCCGAAGGACUGGCCUGUAGUCUACAGAGUAUGGCCGCUGCAUACCUAGCGGAGUAUCUACCGCACUUCCGAGGCAUUGCUAUAAGUACGACGCUAGCAGCUAUACAAGCCAUUAGGAGGGAGCUGAGCAAGACUCUGUGCCCUCAGGUUCUUCCACGACAUCUGCUGUUGUCAAUGUUCUGCAUCGGCACUUCGGCGUGCUGGACUGACCCACUACAGUUUGGCCUCCCGUUCCUGAAGGAGACAAAAACGAUACUCCAGUCCUAUAAGCAAUCUAAACACCUUCUCUCUAAAGAUGAUCAAGAUGCGUUACUGUUUUUCAAUAACAGCACUAUGUAUUGGGACAUGUUGUGUAGUAUCAUUGACGCGCAAGACCCGGAAAUUAUUGAUCCUCCUGCUACUUCUUCAGCUAUGCCGUCGCAACCAUCGAGCAGUCAAAGUAGUCUGCAUCCAUGGACAGGUGUCUCAACCGAGAUCAUGGAGCUCUUCUUCCGCUCCAUCCUUCUAUGUAAAGGAUUCCGAGCCCGAAUGACCCAUGAUCAUCGACAGAGCUCUCGAUCUCUUCAAGCCGCUCUCUAUUAUAUCAAAGAGGCUCGGGAGCUGUAUCAGCGCCUGAAGUCCUUCCCAAUACCAGCUGAACAGGAUAUUUGUGACACAGGAGAUACCUGGACACCAAAGAGUCACCUGGUUCAAAUAGCAGAAGCCUACAGGCUGGCUGCCACGGCUCACCUGUACCAAACCUUCUCUGAUCUGAGAAACCAGGAUACGUCGCUGAAUGGAGGCAGUCUCGUUGACGCUGAGUACCGAGUCCUGGAGUUGGGUUCGAAUAUCAUCCGCAUCCUAGAAAAGAUACCGUUGGCCUCUGGUACUCGUUGUAUUCAGCCCCUCUUGUGCUUGACGGCUGGAAUUCUCAUGAAGUUUGAUGUACCAGUAAUAAAUCCUCAGACGCAUACUCCGAAGCUGCUGAGCGACUUAUUAUCAGCUGAUCUGCGCAGCGCGCCAACUGCAGCACAUCAAGAUCCUCCGUUCGGGGACAUUCGUCACAAUACGCUCCUAUCUCCAGUAACUACGAAGCGCUGUAUAGAAGUUAGCCAAGGGCGCCGAUUCGUACUCGAACGCUUAAGCAUAUUGGAAACUAGUCUCCCUCCCAAGCCUAUCAGGGUCGUCAAGCAGCUGGUUCAGGCCGUUUGGGCAGCUUACGAUGGCCAAGGUGCUGGUAGUCAAGUGCACUGGAUCGACAUCAUGGCCAAGUCCAACUUGAGAACCAUAUUUGGGUAG